AUGUUGAAAGCGUUCCCAUCUACAUUACGUUCAGUGGCAGCUAAAAGAGUUGCACUUCAAUCUUCAAGAUUCAAUACCAGAUCAUUGCUCAAAUCAUGCCCAAAAGCAAUGUCCACUCUUUCCAUCAGAUCAUUCCAUCAAUCCUCAGUCAUACUCAACCAAAGCCCAGAGGCAGCCUUGAAUGAAGUUGUGAAAGCAGAGAGCAAAAUCUCUGAAGCCAUUCCAAAUGAAUUGGAUCAGGUGUACCAAGACUACUUACAUACCAGUGGAUUUGAAGUUGUCUCUGCUCCAGGCACUGCCAGCGUUGAAUUGGUGAAAAAGGACGCUGACACGGGAAAUAUCUUGCAUGUCUACUUUGACAUUGAUGAAGUCACAGACAUCCCCACUGAAGACUUGGCAGCCUUGGAAUCUGGCGAUUUGGAGGAAGAGGCUAAUCAAUUGGACCAAUUGUUGUGCAACGUGAAAAUCCUUGUUGAAAAUCCAUCAAGCAACUCAGGUUUGUUUUUGAACUUGUUUUUGCAAAAUACCGAGUCCUCUUUUAUGAUUGAUUUCGUCAAUGUUCAAGAAGAUGUUAAAUCAUUUAUCAACGCCAUCAAGGAAGAGAAUGAGUUUAUUGACAAGUUCAAGUAUCAAGGACCAAAAUUUGCCGAGUUGGACGAAAGUUUGCAAACUGAAUUUGAAAAUUACUUGGUUUCUAAAGGUAUUGAUAAUGAAUUGGCUGAUUUCAUUGUGGCAUUUAGUGACUACAAGGAAGAAGGUGAAUACAGAACUUGGCUCAAUGCUGUUUCUAAAUUUUUAAACUAG